AUGGAACGCAGUCGGAACACGAAAGACGGCUGUAUUCAGAAUAUAGUCCUGUUACUGGCAACUUUAUCAUAUCUUGUGCUUCUGAAUUUUGCCUCAACAAGGUUGCAGGUAUUUCUGACAAGCUCAUUAAACUGGGAACUGGCCUACAUGAGUUAUAGCAUCAUACUCGUCCUAUUUAACCAGCCACUUCGAAGAAUUUUGUCAAAACCAUAUCUCCUUUUAAAGAGGCAGUCGACCAUCACAACCACAACAGCUAUAUCGCACACUCCUCAAGCUCUGCCGCAGCUGACGCAAUAA